AUUCAUAUAAUCGAUCCCAACUUGCUUGAGCUUCAUCACUCAGUAGGCCUACCCCAUGUCUAAGCCAACUGGCAAAUUUUGAUUCUUUACAAAAUUGAGAAGAAGAAAGAAGUAUAAAAGAUGAAGCAAAGGGACAAAACUAGUCUACUAUUUGAGUGUGCUAAGUUUGGUUCUGAAUGCACUAGUGCAUGUGAAUCUGGAUGGACAAUGUACUUGGAUGAAUUCUCAUAUUCUUCUGAUCAGUACAAUGGAGUUAAGGGAACAAGUAUAUAUGACAGUAGAGGCAAAUCAGCAUAUGCUGAUGAAGAUUUGUCUAUGGUUUCUGAUGCUUCAUCUGGUCCACCACAUAAUUUUCAUGAGGAUAAAGAAUUCUAUUGUGAAGAAAACACAAAGGUAAACCAAAGAAGGAAAAUAAAAGAGCAAAGUGGGAAAAAACAGAAUCUUUAUCUUGAUGACACUGCUAGUUCUCCAGUGCCAAAUUUCCAAAAGGAUAACACAAGUUUUUAUAAUGAUACUACAACUUACAUGGAGCAAGUAGCAGGCUACUCAGGAACAUAUUCAAAGGGUAAAUCUGUUAUGGGGAAACAUUUUGGUUUCCUGAAAACAUCUGUGAAUGGGAAAGCUUCAUGUGAGAAAUCUGGUGGUGUUGUGAAGGAAAGAAAUAGAGGAUAAAAACUGGACAAUUUGUACACUUUGCUGUGUGUCAGUUGCUGCAUUUGAAGAGAGAAUGACAAGUAAAGUACUGUUCGGUGCACUGAGCUUUCGUUACGUGUAAGUCCGGUAAAAAUCUGACCACAAGGACACAAAAAGUAAAAAAAAAAAUCAAAAAAUAGAUUGAGGAUAUUCUUGUACUUAUCCUUCUUAUCUUUUUUUCUUUUUUUAAUCCUUAUUCUAGUUACUUGUUCCUGUCUAUGUAGUGGGAAACAACCUCAAAGUAUAAAAUGUGGAAACAGAAGAAGAAAAAUUCUGUCGUUUAUUUA